CACGAGAGAACUUCUUGAGACUGUGACUGACUCACUUACUGACUGACAAAAUAACGAGUGAGUGAGCGAGCGAGUGACGUGGGCGUCGUGUCUGUUCCGUGAUGGUUUGGCUCCACAUUGGUCGUCAAGGGACGGGGAUAUUUCCAACCGCGAGACUCACGAACCCACCCGAGGAUCGGGAACGAACACCUGACUUCAUGGCUCAGUCUAAUACCUGCCGGCAAUAAUCAAUGACAGCAAAGUGAGAUUAGUUGCACUACUGGAGGGCCUUAGAAUAAUACUUGCCUGGUUUGAGUACAACACCACUUAGGCCCACCAUUUGUAGGCAAAUAAUGUGUACAUUUACCGCGAACAUUGGUGAUAAAAAGGCUAAUAAUUCAAGUUGCCAAGUGGAGUGAGGACCUUUGAAGCUCUGGUUGAAGCAAGUGAGUCAUGUGAAGCAAUCAGGUGGAAAAAAACGCACAACAAUUCCUCUGAGUGUUCAAUAGUCGCUUGGUAAUCUUCAAUGGAUUCCGAUGGCACCAAAGUCUUCAUAAAGCCAGGUUGGAAGACUUGAAUCGAAUUUGAAGCCCAAGGAUUGACGAAUAAAUGAUCCUUAAGCGUUCUUGGCAAGAAGACAUAUCCUGGGAGGAAGCAUUCUCAUCUGGAUGUGGUGAAGGUUGAAAAAUCAGUUUCUUGUCUUCAUUGAGGGAAGAAAUGGACGUGAAGUUGCGAAGUGCCGAAAGUGCUAUCAAUUUUUUACAAUCAGAGCACAAGAGCGUGCUUUCCGGUCUCCAUGAAGAAAUACAACGCCUUCAACAGAAAUGUUCAGACCUCCAGUUCGCUCUUUCCUCAGCGGCCUCUGCCGAACAAUCAGAGGCCGAAUGGAGGUUACAAGUUCAACGCUUCCAGUCUCUUUUGGAGCAGAAGGAGAAGAGAAUUGCCAGUGUUGAACACGAUCUGGCUUCAGAAUUGGCCAAGACCCAAGAUCUGGCCGAGCAACUUAAGUGGCGAGAAAUGGAAUUUGAGAACCAACUCCGAAGCAAAAACGCCAAAAUUGAGAGCUUGCAAAAAAGUUUGCAAGUUCAAAGUGAAGUGGGUCGACUCCAGAGUGCUUGCAAAAAGCUCUACGAAGAGAGAGAACAAGAAUUCGAGGACAAGAUGAAAAGUGUGGUUGAAAAAGCCAAAGGCACGGAAUCGUCUCCGUUGUCCUCACCACAACAGCCUUUGUCCCGGUCUUUGUCCUUAGUCGAGAGUUCACUCCCAACCCGCCCUAUGCCUGUGAUACGACCCUUACCUGAUUUGACCACCACACGUUCGAAACUGUUCCGUCAUAAACUUCAAAAAAGCCUCAAGAACACAUCGGUGGACAAGUACGACCCAUUGGCCAAUGAUAUUCUACUUUGUUCAUUGGACGAGAGACAACUCUUGAAAUACCAUCGGCCUUCUUUACCGAACGAUUAUCGCUCUAGUGUAGCCACGUUGCCACCCAUAACACACACUCGUCCCAAUAGCGUGAUAAGUGCCACAAAAUCAUCCAUGGCUUUCGCCGAGGUCGAGACCUUGGAGAUCGGCAACAACAAUUUGGGACACAAUUCCUCGGGAAAAGAUGACCAGAUAGGUGGAAACGAGAACAACAGCCACAAUAACAACAAUAACAACA